UAUUACAUGUAUUUCAAUACACUCAACCAUUUGUACACCUUCACAAGCAUUCCAUAUUGAUUCUCUUGUCGUGUAUCUCCAAACAACGAUCACAGCUUACCUUCGACUCCUGAUUCAAACUGGUCCGCUUGCCACUAUCGAGCCAAGUGUCUACUUGAGCAUGAUGAACUUUGCUAUCCCCCUUUGUGGCAUUGUUGCUGGCGUCACCUCACACUUGGGUUUCUUCAUACAUGGAGAAUGGCACUUACAUUCUCGAUCUAUCAUCGGCGCUCAUGCUACGAUCGCUGCGCUUGUCCUUGGUACAUUACAGCGAUAUCUCGACGAUAUCCUGGCGGCAUGUACUUACACAAUCACUUUAUCAGCCUGGUAUCUGAUAUCGCUGUUUGCUAGCAUUGCUGUCUAUCGCACAAUGUUCCACAAACUUGUCAAUUUCCCAGGACCUAGACUUGCCGCUGUUUCCAAAUUUUGGCAUAUAUACCACGCCAGGAAUUCAACAAAUUAUCUGGUAAUGCAGAGACUGUACGAGAAGUAUGGAACUGUUGUCAGAACGGGCCCUAACGAAAUCACCAUUUUCCACCCGUCGGCGAUAGAGCUUCUGGAUGGAGCUCAUAAUACCAAUUCGAAAGAUGUUUGGUAUGAUGUUCUCCAGCCAAGAACGUCAGCGAUAUUUACCAGAAAUGCCCAAGAUCAUCGGGACAGACGUCGGGUCUGGACGCAGUCUCUCUCCACGAAAGCGAUGGAUGAGUUCCGUCCUCGCAUCUACCAACAGGCUCUCAACUUGGUCCAAUGCAUUCAGGAGUUGAGCAGUGCACCAGUAAACAUUAAUGAUGUCAUGUCUUGGUUCUCCUUUGAUGCAAUGGGCGACGUCGUCUUUGGCAAAAGCUUUGGAAUGAUGCAGGAAAAGGUUACGCAUGACGCAAUCAUUCACCAAAAGAGAGCCCUGGCACUGCUUGGUCCUAUCAGUGACGCCGUCUGGAUCGCUCAAUUGGCAUUCUCAUUUGUACCCUUUCUGGGUAAAGUCAAGUCGUGGAUGCGUAUGGUUUCAUACUGUGAGGAGCGCAUGGCGAGACGCAUGGAACUACAAACGGACGAGAAAGCUGACAUGGCAUCCUGGUUCAUCGAUGAAUACCACAACUUGAGCGAGGUGCGAGACCUUCAAAGCCGGCAAAGACUCUUGGGAGGCACAGCAGUAUCGGCCAUCGUAGCUGGAAGUGACACAACACGUGCCUCGCUGAUUGCAACUUGGUGGUAUCUGGCGAAAUAUCCUGAGCAUGCCGAAAAGAUCCGUCAGGAAAUCGAAACAGUAGAUAUAGGAGAUGCUAAUGUGCUAGCUGGACUUCCACAUCUGAACGGGGUUAUUCAGGAGAUCUUACGUCUCGUACCUCCUGCGAUGACUGGCGGAGGGCGCAUCACAGGCCCGCAGGGGCUUACAGUAGAUAAUGUCUUCAUACCUGCGGGAACCAAAGUCACAGCGCCAAAAUAUGUCAUCAAGAGAAUGGAAAAUGCGUUCGUCCAUCCAGACGAGUUUAUCCCUGAGCGGUGGUAUUCACGCCCAGAUUUGGUGAAAGAUAAACGCGCGUUUGGGCCGUUUUCUUUUGGCAGCCGUCAGUGUGUCGGUAAGGUUCUGGCAUACGCUGAACUUCGCCUCGUUACUGCUAAUGUACUCCGCAAUUUCAACGUCUCUUUCUCUCCAGGAUACGACGAGGAAACCAUGUGGCGUGAUAUGAAGGAUCAAGUUACCGCCCAACCGGGCCAGGUCCUCUGUACAUUCGAAAGAAGGAUAUGAACGAUAGCGUAUUCUAUAGCUAUAAUACCCUAGAGUCAUACCUGAUCCUCCGACAGUGUUACUGAUAUUUCUGACUUCUUUCCAUUGGCUGCCUGCCCUG